GGGCCGCGGCGCUCGAUGCGGCAGUGGCGGUUGGCGCAGGAGCGAGUAGACGAGGCCGGGCGGUCCCCGCGCUUGGAGACAGCCGGACUGCGGGAGGGACUCGACCCGGGGCGGCUUUUACCUCAGCCAUAGCCUCCCUCCCCCCUCCCGCGACUAACCGCCACUUCCGGUGGCCUCCCCCCCGCGAGCCGGGUAAAUACCCGCCCCCGUCUCUCCCCCGCCCCCCUCGCGGCUGCGAGCGCGCCCGGCCGGGAGGAUGAUGAACUCGCUCCUCUUCGGCGAGAUGGCGCGAGCCUUCGCCGCCGGCCCGGCCCCCGGCGCCUUGGGCCCCGGCAGCCCCGCGGCGGCCUCCCCGCCGGUGACCGCGGCGCUGCGGAACGACCUGGGCUCCAACAUCCACCUGCUGAAGGGGCUGAACGUGCGGUUCCGCUGCUUCCUGGCCAAGGUGCACGAGCUGGAGCGGCGCAACCGGCUGCUGGAGAAGCAGCUGCAGGCGCAGCAGAGCGAGCGCGACCGCCGCUUCCGCUACAAGACCUUCUCCCGGGACCAGGCCGUGCAGACGGACCCGGGCCCCCCGGCUCCCGGGCACGGCGCCCAGCCGCCCGGCCCCGCCGCCGCCGCCCCGCCGCAGCACUACGGCCGCCUGCCCGGCACUAUCUGGAGCUACACCCAGGUGCGCCGCACCGGCGGCGGCGGCCUGGAGACCCUGCAGGGGCCCGGCGUCUCCUGGGUCCACCCGGACGGCGUCGGGGUGCAGAUCGACACCAUCACCCCCGAGAUCCGGGCCCUCUACAACGUGCUGGCCAAAGUCAAGCGGGAGAGGGACGAGUACAAGAGAAAAUGGGAGGAGGAACUGGCAAAGCGAACGAGUCUGGAGUCUAUGGUGGAAACCUUGCAAGAGGAGGCUCAAGAGGCGGAAGCUGUCCAGGAAGAGUUAAAUGAAAAGAUUGAGCGGCUGAAAGCAGAGCUUGUUGUCUUUAAGGGUCUGAUGAGUGAUCCCAUGACAGACCUGGACACAAAGAUCCAAGAAAAGGCCAUGAAGGUGGACAUGGACAUCUGCCGUCGAAUCGAUAUUACAGCUAAGCUGUGCGAUGUAGCACAGCAGCGCAACUCUGAAGACGUUUCCAAGAUAUUCCAGGUGGCUUCCAAAAAGAAAGAACGCAAGCUAACAUCGGACGAUGACCUCUCUGAGCAGGAUGGAGACAACAGCAGAUUAUCAGAUGACGAAGUCAGCUGUUCUCUGAACAUCACAGAUGAAAUGAAGCGAAUGUUUAAUCAGCUGCGUGAGACGUUUGAUUUUGAUGAUGACUGUGACAGUUUAACAUGGGAGGAGAAUGAAGACACCCUGCUUCUCUGGGAAGACUUCACAAACUGCAAUCCUUCAAUUGAUCUUCAAGGAGAACAGGAGGAGAAUCUGGGAAACUUGAUCCAUGAAACAGAAUCUUUCUUCAAAACAAGAGACCAAGAAUAUCAGGAAACAAUAGGACAGAUUGAGCUGGAGCUAGCCACAGCCAAGAGUGACAUGAAUCGCCACCUCCACGAAUACAUGGAAAUGUGCAGCAUGAAGAGGGGCCUGGACGUACAGAUGGAAACCUGUCGUAGACUUAUCAAAGGCUCGGCUGACAGAAAUUCUCCAUCUCCCAGCUCUGUAGCCAGCAGUGACUCAGGAAACACAGAUGAGAUUCAAGAUGAGUUUGACAGAGAGGCGGACGUGGAGCCUAUGGUCAGCUGAUACAUAAUCAGAGCAUUCCAGUGAAAGGGAAAAUACAGAAAGGAGAAAAAAAAAAAGUGAAAAAAUAGAAUACUGACCGAACAGACUAAUAAGCCCUGGCACAGGGUUCCUGAGGACUCAUUCCGAUACGCAUCCCCACCCCACCUGAGGAUUGGUGCUGUACAUUUCUACUGUUCUACCAAUUACAAAUGCAGAAUUCUGUAAGAAAACAUGGUGUUUUAAUGGUGCCUUUGCCCCAAGCUGAGCCACUUUGAGCUCUAAUAGAAUAUUAAUAGCAGGUGUUUUUUAUAAGAAAAAUAAAAAAGGGGGAAAAAAAAAUCUGGCCGCAGCAGAGAAUGGUGCUGCAAACGUUUUGGGUGUUUCAGUAGGCUUAUGACUUACUGAAGGGCUGCACUGAUUGGCAAAAGGAUCAUGGACCACAACACAAUUGCAGUGUAAUUACCACAGUUGUCUGGAAAAAAAAAAAGGGAAAAAAUGUAAACACCUCCAAAUGUAGCUGUUAACCCCAUUUAAAAAUAGCAGUGGGUUAGAGGCAGACUUUAGGCUCAUGCAAUUAUAAGGUAUCUAAAGGAAUCUCUUUAUGCCAUCUGUCUGGGUGGAGGACCUUUGGAAUCUGCACAAGCUUUUUGCCUGAGUCUAGAAUCCCAAGAAGCAGUUCUCAGCUCGGUGGCAAAGUAGAUGGACAAGGUACACUGGGGUGGGAAUAUCACCGUUAAACUACUAUGCAAAAAAAAAAAAAAGCUUGCCUUAUUUAUACGGAAUGUUUGGUCCCUGCUGGACUAGAGUUAUCUCUUGGUGGAAGGAAAGCUAAAAACACAGUUGCACAUGUUAGUUAUCUGUAGCGCUUCCUUUGUGGAGGAAUGUCUGUUAUAAUGUCUUUGUUUCCUGGGAUGGGAUUAGGAGGGGGAUCAGCCCUUCAGUUCCUGAAUUUUUUUCCCACCAUAAUAGUUGCAAGUCCUACUUUACUGUCUGGGAGAUAAGCAGCAUAAAAUGCAGUUUCAUGAGCAGCGUGGUUGAAGCAUCAGGGUAAACUGACACACCAUGCUAUAGAUGUAGCCUUGAGAUGUGACAUCAUUACAGACCACUGUUCUUUGGAAAAGCUGAAAAUACUGUAAUCCUUUUUAGGGCACAGUAAAAAUGAAUCCUAAACUACUGCUGCUCUGGAAUUAGGGAAUAACAGCCAUGUGCUUUCUCCGUGAGAAAGCAAGUAGACCUAGGCCUUACGUGUCUGUUCCUCUGUAUUUUAAACCAGAGAAAGCAGCAUCAAAAGUCUAAUUUAUUUACUUUCUAUUCAGAGAGCUAGUGGCAUGAGAUGGGCUGUUCUUGGUUAUAAUUAGGAAUUGUCACAACUGAGCCAAGAGAAAAGGGGAAUGGAAAUCUCUGACUUUAAGUAAGCGGAAGACAGUACCAGAUUGUUUUGCAGGCUACUGUUGAAGACAUAAUUAAUAGCUCUUAGAAGUUAACUAUGUAGCUAGUAACCAU